UACCCCAAUAAGACGGUAGCCUUGGUGGCCUCAGACAUCCUUCACCUCCUCAUCAGUUACGUGGAUCAUCUUCAGAAAUUCCCCCCUGACACUCCAAAGAAGAUUGUAGAGAUUCUGAUUGCCACUAUCACAUAUCUGCUGCCUAGCACCGAGUCCUCCUCUUACGAGCUGGAUAAGAGGCUAGUAGUUUCCCUUCUGUUGUGCUUGUUGGACUGGGUGAUGGCUCUGCCCCCAAAGACUCUUCUCCAGCCUGUACAAACACGAAGCCCUCCAGAAAAGGAGCAACCGACCAAAACGCUGCUCAGCUGUAUUUACAAGGUCCUGCAUGGGUGCGUUUAUGGAGCGCAGUCUUUCAGCAGUCCCAAGUACUUCCCACUGCAGCUGUCGGACCUGUCGAGUUCAGACUACGACCCGUUCCUGCCAUUGGAGAGCCUCCGCGAACCAGAACCUCUGCACAGCCCAGACUCGGAGCGCUCCAGCAAACUGCAGCCCGUCACUGAAGUUCGUAGCCGUAUCCAGCAAGGCCUGGUUUCCAUUGCAGCCAGAACCGUUAUAACCCAUCUGGUGAAUCAUCUGGGACAUUAUCCAAUGUCCGGAGGGCCCGCAACUCUGUCCAGUCAGGUGUGUGAAAACCAAGACAACCCGUUCUGUGGGAGUCCAGAUCUCGGACCAGAACUCUUCAAUUCGCCAAACCUUCAGUUUCUGGUUCUGAACGGCUCCACCCUGCUGUCUGUUCUCCAGAUCCGAGCAGAGUCCGGUGUCCCGGGAGGAGGAAUGACGGCUGGCUUGUCCUCUGCUCCUGCUUGCGUCCGUGUCAUCAUCCGAGAUGUCGCAGGAAAACACUCCUGGGACUCGGCCGUCCUCUACGGGCCUCCGCUGUGCUCCCCGAACAGUCCAGCGCGCACGCUUUUAACACAGAUGCAGUCGCCGCGCAGCGCAAACCUUCAAUUAUGCACUCCACCAGGAGGUCCGCAGAACAAGAUGGAGUUGAAGGAGGAAGAUGAUGAAGCAGACGGGCAGGAGGAGCGGGGGCCAGAGGAGGAAGAAGGAGAGAUGGAAAGUGACAGACAAGAGUUUCAAGUAGCCGAGGAGGAAGGAAAAGUCGGUGAUGAGGAGAGGGAAGAUCCAGGAGGAGGGGGAAACGUUGAACCCGUGGAAGAGAUAGAGCAGCAGGAGGAGGAGGCAGAGAUGCAUGUCCAUCACGCGGACGAGGAUUCGGGUUCGGAAAAGCUUCUUGCUCCACCACUAGCUAAGCGAGUGUGUCGGGAGGCGGUGCCAGCAUGGAACUCUCUGGAAGAUGGAGAUGAUGCGCUGGAUGAGAUGCUGCAGUACCUGGGUUACUCGAGUCCAGAGUGUCUACAGAGAGCAGGCAUGCCACUCAACAUCCCGGCCCCCCCUCCAGGGUGUGUGUCAGAGAAGCAGGAGAACGAUGUGAUCAACGCCAUCUUGAAACAGAGUGCUGCAGAGCGAGAGUUUGUCCUUCACAGAGGUGAGGAGCUGAACAUGAGAGCAACGCAGCAGACCGAACCAGAGGCUGAGACGCCUCAGUCGGCCUUCUACUAUUGUAGGCUGCUCAUCAACAUACUGGGACUCAACUCCUGGGAGAAGAGGAGUAACUUUCAUUUGUUGAGGAAGAACGAGAAGUUACUGAGAGAGCUGAAGAACCUAGACUCACGGCAGUGCCGAGAGACUCAUAAGAUCGCAGUAUUUUACGUGGCUGAAGGCCAAGAGGAUAAACACUCCAUACUCACCAACACCGCUGGCAGCCAGGCUUAUGAAGACUUUGUUUCAGGACUGGGCUGGGAGGUCGACCUCAAGACUCACUGUGGGUUCAUGGGAGGCCUUCAGAGAAAUCACAGCACUGGCCAGACGACGCCUUACUAUGCCACAUCCACGACUGAAGUCAUCUAUCAUGUGUCCACUCGCAUGCCCCCUGACCAGGAUCAGAAUCUCACCAAAAAGGUACAAAUAUGACACCAACAAAAAGGGGGAAUUCAUAAAG